AUGCUUUUCAUGAAACGUAUUAUAUUACUGGUGAUAAGUCUCGGAUCUAUGAAACAGACGAUCAAUCAGCCGAAUAUCGUGGUUGAAGAUUUUCUUGAAAGUCGAAAUCUACCAAAGCGAGCAAUAUUACUCCUGGAUAACGCUCCUAUUCAUCCACCAGAAGAAGAUUUGGUGACUCCAGAUGGAAAAAUAUGGACAGUGUUUAUGCCACCGAAUACAAACUUCAACACAGAUGAUUUAGAAGCAUGGAAUAGUGUAGACAAUGUACUUGUAGAAGAGAACCCGAGUGCUGAAAAUGAACUAGCUAUAGAAAUUUCAGAAGUGGAGGAAGGUGGUACCGCUGCAGUCGUAGCUGUGCCGCCAAUAAAGCAUACUGAUGCCAUCGACUGCUUUGGGAAGUGUAUCAAAUGGUCUGAAGAAAACAACGUGGAACAGGAAAAAAUAUUUUUAUUGAAAAGCCUACAUCAAAAGGCACAGGAUUUCAAAAUUUCUCGCCCACAAAAGCAAAUGAGCAUAACGAAUUUCUUUUCAGUUGAAUAAUGCUCAUAUUUUUGUUAUAAAAUUCAACUUUUAUUAAUUAUACUCUCGCAACAAAGUUCCUAAGGAGAGUAUUAUA